AACGUUACAUUAUUGGCAAAUUGUUUAUAGAGCGGGCGAAAUUAAACGGCGUAUUAUCAUCUUAGACAGUUAAUUUGUGAAAACUGCCUCGACUUAAGCGGUGAAACGACAGUUUGUUCGCCGACUGCUCGGGAGGUAAAGCCGGUCAAAGUGAAUCCUCCAGAGCUAACCGCUAGUUAGCCGCGGAGCUAACGUUUCGGCUAAUCCCCAACACAAAGGACGACUUUGCCUUGUCUUCUCCAUAUCGACUCAGAAUCACUCCAUUGAAUGAGGACUGGUUCUCCUGUACAGGUUAAUCAUGGUGCUGACAGGGAAGCGCUCGGAGAAAGGUCCUGCCUGCUGGAAGAGAAGGGUGAAGUCUGAGUACAUGAGACUGCGGCAGCUAAAACGCUUCAGACGGGCUGACGAGGUCAAGAGCAUGUUCAACACCAACCGUCAGAAAAUCCUGGAGCGGACUGACAUUUUGAACCAGGAGUGGAAGACGAGGCGAAUCCAGCCGGUUCACAUCAUGACGUCUGUGGGCUCUCUUAGAGGAACCCGAGAGUGCACAGUGGACAGCGGGUUUUCUGAGUUCCAGAGGCAGGUCAUCCCCCUCAAGACACUCAAUGCUGUGGCCUCAGUUCCUGUCAUGUACUCCUGGUCACCUCUGCAGCAGAACUUUAUGGUGGAGGAUGAGACGGUGCUCCACAACAUUCCCUACAUGGGAGACGAGAUCCUGGACCAAGACGGUACUUUUAUAGAAGAGCUCAUCAAGAAUUAUGACGGAAAAGUCCAUGGAGACAGAGAGUGCGGCUUCAUCAACGAUGAGAUUUUUGUGGAGCUGGUCAGUGCUCUGUCUCAGUACAGUGACAACGAGGACGACGAUGAGGAUGACGAACAGGACUUCAAAGUAGACAAGAUGGAAAUGUGUGACUCCAAGGAGCAUCCAGAGGACUCCCGCAAGGACGGCCUCAUUAACAGCGAGAGCCAAAGCAGCAAUGACAGCAACAAGAAGUUUCCCUCUGAUAAGAUUUUUGAAGCAAUUUCCUCCAUGUUUCCAGACAAAGGCUCCACUGAGGAGCUCAAAGAGAAAUAUAAGGAGUUGACUGAGCAGCAGCUGCCCGGAGCUCUUCCUCCUGAAUGCACACCGAACAUUGAUGGUCCAAAUGCUCGCUCUGUGCAGCGUGAGCAGAGCCUGCACUCUUUCCACACUCUGUUCUGCAGACGCUGCUUCAAAUAUGACUGCUUUCUCCACCCUUUUCAUGCAACUCCAAACACUUAUAAGCGCAAGAACUUGGAGAACCUGGUGGACAGUAAACCCUGUGGCAUCGACUGCUACAUGUGCCUGGUUCAGGAUGGGAUGGUGAAUGAGUUUCCUGCAGGCGUGGUUGCAGAGCGGGCAAAGACACCCUCUAAACGAACUGUGGGUCGUCGCCGUGGUAGACUGCCAAACAGCAACAGCCGGCCGAGCACCCCUACGGUUUCCUCAGAAACCAAAGACACAGACAGCGAUCGCGAGGGCAGCAAAGAUGACGAGCAAGACAAUGACAAAGACGAUGACGACAAGAAGGACGACAACACCAGCAGCUCAGAGGGAAACUCGCGUUGUCAGACUCCAGUGAAGAUGAAGCUGACCGGUGAAGCCGAAGCCGUGGACUGGAGCGGAGCUGAAGCUUCUCUCUUCAGGGUUCUCAUAGGAACAUACUACGACAACUUCUGCGCCAUCGCACGACUCAUUGGCACCAAGACCUGCAGACAGGUUUACGAGUUCAGGGUCAAAGAGUCAAGCAUCAUCGCUCGCGCUCCUGCUGAAGAUGAGGACACGCCGCCCAGAAAGAAAAAGAGGAAACACAGACUGUGGGCCACCCACUGCAGGAAGAUCCAGCUGAAGAAAGACGGCUCGUCCAAUCACGUGUAUAAUUACCAGCCAUGUGACCACCCCAGGCAGCCCUGUGACUCCUCAUGCCCGUGUGUCACCGCUCAGAACUUCUGUGAGAAGUUUUGCCAGUGCAGCUCUGAGUGUCAGAACCGCUUCCCAGGCUGUCGGUGCAAAGCUCAGUGUAACACCAAGCAGUGUCCGUGCUACCUGGCAGUUAGGGAGUGUGACCCUGACCUUUGCCUGACCUGCGGCGCUGCGGAUCACUGGGACAGCAAGAACGUGUCCUGCAAGAACUGCUCCAUUCAGAGAGGGGCCAAGAAGCAUCUCCUUCUCGCCCCCUCUGACGUGGCAGGUUGGGGCAUUUUCAUCAAAGAGCCGGUCCAGAAAAACGAGUUCAUCUCGGAGUACUGUGGAGAGAUAAUCUCUCAGGAUGAAGCUGACCGCAGAGGGAAGGUCUACGACAAAUACAUGUGCAGCUUCCUGUUCAACCUUAACAAUGACUUUGUUGUUGAUGCCACAAGGAAAGGAAACAAGAUCCGCUUUGCCAAUCAUUCUGUAAACCCCAACUGCUAUGCAAAAGUGAUGAUGGUGAACGGGGAUCACAGGAUAGGAAUCUUUGCUAAGAGAGCCAUCCAGACUGGAGAGGAGCUCUUCUUCGACUACAGGUACAGCCAGGCGGACGCUCUGAAGUACGUGGGGAUCGAGCGUGAGUUGGAGAUGGCCUGAGUCUGACUUCUACCUCCUGUGGAUCAACAACACAAAGGCCUUACACACAAACACACACACCUUCACUUCAGGAAAUCCAGACAACUUGUCAAAAUGUUAGAGAGCUUCAGGAAAACUGGGAAUAUUUGAAGCAGAGUUUUGAUGCUUUUUUUUCUAUAAACAAACACUUUUCAUAUCUGUUUCUGAAUUUUCUUCUUGGGACUUUUCUCCUGUCAACAAAUCUUCCUCAGCUGGAGGUGAACUUCAUCUACAGGCUGAUUUAGUGUUUCCUUAUAUAUUUGAACAUGAAGUGUUUUACGGCAUCAGGAGACAAACCCACGACUGUCUGUUCACCUUUCAGGGACCACAAAUCCUUCACCAGCAGCUCUCGCACUGACUGGACUCUGUGUUCUCUGUGCCACAUGUUGUGUUAACUGUGUGUUUUUAUAUGGUGUGAAGUGAACCAGACAUGCACUCCUUGGAGUGCCAGUUCUCUGUCUGUAACACAGGAAGCCUCUCACAGAGCAGUGUCACCAAAUCCCACAACUUUGAGGGAUACUACUACCCACACUGCUAAGUUUUAAAACUGAUUUUUUUUUUCACAAGCGACAUGAGAGGUGACUUUCAUAUUAGGACUGUCAGCAUUAACGUGUUUAUCCUGAUCAAUUCAGGCCCGAAAUUAUUGCUUUAAUUUUCUUUUGAAGUUUGUUUGUUGUCUUUUGAUCACAUUCAUUCUUUUAAAUUACGAAAUAAUGGGAUUUGAAAAUGUGAUGAAAAAUGCAAUUCACUGCAAUUUACUUGAAAUUGAGCGAUUUAAACAAAAAAAUGUAUUGUUUGACAGCCCUAUUAAAUCUCUUUAACAGUGGCCAUCUGAGAGCCUGUUAAAACUGGAACUAGAGAAUAAUUGUGAAUUUUGAGUCAAUAAUAAUCUUUUUUUUUCUGAUCAUUUUUGAUUAGUUUCAGUCUCUUGUUCCAAAGUUGUUGUCCAAAUAUUGAAUGUCUCGUCAUCUGUUGUUUUCCUGUUUGCUCUCAAAAUAAUUGAUUACAUCUUUUAAUUUAAAAAACUGUUCAGUUCAUAGAGGGGAGGAUAGAAAUUUGAAACCAGAAUUUAUCAGUUGAGACUGGGAAAGUGUCAGACGAUGCUUUCACUGUCUGUUUGGAAAAAAUCAAAACAUUCCUCACCAGUUCUACAGAGUGCGGGAAAUUUACAAACUGCUUCUGGGACAAAAGAAGCCAUGUCUAAAGUCGAGAAAACAUCCUACAUGUUUGUGUUUUUUAUUUUUAUUUAUAUCUGAUAAUGACUCUGCUCUGUGAUGCUGCCUCCACUUCAGGUGCUAAAACAAAAAAAAAAACAGCACAGUUUCACCACCACAGGAAACUCUACACAAACAGUCAAGGUGUGUGUAGUUAAUAUUUCCUGUUGUGAAAACACGCUGCUCUCCUCUGUGAGCGGCUUUGCUUUCACCAAACAUAACCAAAAACACACACACAGAUGAAUAUGAAGGAUUUUCAUUCAUACAUGUUCUCCUGUGACGCUCCCAGCAGCACCGUGCUCUACUCACUCUGACUCCGCCCACCGUGUUCUCUCCUGUUUGGUCAUGAUCAGGAUGCUUCUAUAAACACCAAAACAGAAACAAUUUCACUUGUAACCCUUAAUAUUCUUGAUUUUUAGGUUUGUAACUCACCUGCUGUGACCACAUAAUGAUCUCUUUGUGUUGUUAUCAUUCCUGACAGUAUCGAGGUAAUCCACUCCUGUUUUUUUAUGUGGAUAACACUGCAUGGUUCAAAGUUAUACCUCUUUAUAUAUAUAUAUAUCUCAGUAACAAAAAACAACAGUGUUGUUUAAGCAGAGAGUGUGUUGUUAAUCAAAAUAGAAAAUGUAUCGAUUUAUGGUAUUCUUUUGAAAUCUGAAGCAGAAAGUGACGCCUUCGAAAUGCGCUUUGCUCUGAUUUGUCGUUCAAAAACUCAGAGGAUAGUUUAAAGUCAUUAAGAACACAGAAGAGCCAGCAGUCCGAGUAGAGCACAGUGAAACUCUAUAACAUGUUAAAUAUUCCUGAGGUGUUAAUUGUUUGAGUCCCCCUGUGCCCCCCCCCUCUCUGCUGUGCCUUCAGUCCUGAACACCCACCCAUUUCUCCUCUCUGUGCAUCAGAUGUCUGAUUUUAACCUUUGCAUGAUGUUUUCCUAAACAAAAACAUUUUCAUAGCUGUUUGGUGCUGCGUUCAGGAGACCUCUGACUUUUCUGUACUGCCUCCUCCUCAUGACAUCCAAUCACAUUGAUGUCAUCUUGAUUCCUCGUGUGAAAUAAGCCUUUUGAUAACGUACCAACAAUCACCCUUUGACUCUUUCUGUGACUUUUGGUGCUUUGAAAAAUACCACAGACUCGACUUGAAGCAAUACCAGCCUCUUUUUCCCUUCUCCUGUUCGAGCUCCACCUUCCUUACCUUUCACCUGUAAUUUAUCUCACACUUCAGAGGGACGUCUCAUGCUGCUGUGAUGUCUGUAGUUGAUGAUUUAAGACUUAACGGUCUCUCAAACCUGGUGCUUCUCUCACAGGGUUCCUGCAUGUGUUGGAAAAUCAACUCUGGGUAUUUUCCACACAUGUUCAGCGACAUCUUUGUGCAUAAAAAUUGCAAAUACGGUGUUCUGACUACAAGUAGUGACUCAAAAGUGUGAAUAUUUCCAACAGAAAUGUGUUUAUUGUUUCCUUAACCUUCACUUCAUAUUGAAAGAAGCCUCCGAUGUGAAUUGAUUUCUUAUGCGUUUCAUUAAGCAGGAUGAUAAAGAACCAGUAUUUUUACAGCCCAGAGCCACUACGGUUCCUGUUGUGUAUUUGUUAAUUAGGGUUGUGAAAAAGGAAAACAAGAGCCAAUUAGACACAAAACAAACUUUUGAAGGAUCUACAAGUUCCUCAAAGUGUUCCCAUUCAUUUAAAAACACCAUUAAGUGUUGAAACCAUCUUCUAAAUCUCUGACUUUGAUUCUUAAAACACUUCUUCAAUGUAACCCGGCCGUUUGCCGAAGUCUAAACUGCAGGCUAUUUAUUGUUGCAGACGUCAGACUGCGUUAAAGUUUUCCCCUUUUUUGUCAAACCAGGACCACUUUUUCCUCCGAUGACACAGGUGCUGAUUUUUGUAAUGUUUACAGGGAUUUUGUUGUUCAAAGUGAUGCAGAUUAAAAUAUUAUAAAUGUU